AACAUAGAAACAUAUAAAAUAGGUGCAGGAGUAGGCCAUUCGGCCCUUCGAGCCUGCACCGCCAUUUGAUAUGAUCAUGGCUGAUCAUCCAACUCAGUAUCCUAUCCCUGCCUUCUCUCCAUACCCCCUGAUCCCUUUAGCCACAAGGGCCACAUCUAACUCCCUCUUAAAUAUAGCCAAUGAACUGGCCUCAACUACCUUCUGUGGCAGAGAAUUCCACAGAUUCACCACUCUCUGUGUAAAAAAUGUUUUUCUCAUCUCGGUCCUAAAAGACUUCCCUCUUAUCCUUAAACUGUGACCCCUAGUUCUGGACUUCCCCAACAUCGGGAACAAUCUUCCUGCAUCUAGCCUGUCCAAUCCCUUAAGAAUUUUGUAAGAUUCUAUAAGAUCCCCCCUCAAUCUUGUACUCUUAAAUCCCUCUGCUCUACAACACUCCCCAUGGGCCUACCGUUCACUGUGAAUUGGCAGAAUACCAUUCAGAUAUCAUUCAUUAAUCAUCAAUAUCAUUCUGAUAAAUCAACAACAUGUCUUUUAUAACCAUAUAACCAUAUAACAAUUAUAGCACGGAAACAGGCCAUCUCGGCCCUUCUAGUCUGUGCCGAACACUUACUCUCACCUAGUCCCAUCUACCUGCACUCCAUAACCCUCCAUUCCUUUCCCAUCCAUAUACCUAUCCAAUUUAUUUUUAAAUGAUAAAAACGAACCUGCCUUCACCACUUCCACUGGAAGCUCAUUCCACACAGCUCCUACUCUCUGAGUAAAGAAGUUCCCCCUCAUGUUGCCCUUAAACUUUUGUCCCUUAAUUCGCAAAUCAUGUCCUCUUGUUUGAAUCUUCCCUACUCUCAAUGGAAAAAGCUUAUCCACGUCAACUCUGUCUAUCCCUCUCAUAAUUUUAAAAACCUCUAUCAAGUCCCCCCUUAACCUUCUGUGCUCCAAAGAAUAAAGACCUAACUUGUUCAACCUUUCUCUGUAACUUCUUUCUAAAGUCACAACCCCUCUAGAUGUUCAGGGUUUUGGCCCAAUUAUUUUCCGAUGAGACCAUUGCUUAUGUAGUGAUGUUCUAACUUUGCCCAAUGGUGAAUGUGUUUCUAUUUUUACAGGGAAACCACUGUAUCGUCCAAAGGGAUUAAGCCACUGCCAAAUAUGAACUCUAAUAUCUUAAAAGAUUUCCUGAAAAUACCGGAGAAGUCUUCCUUUGUUCAACAAUUCAACCAGUGCGCCAUCGCUGCAUCCCAAAGAGUCAAAGAAUACAUUGGAUUUGAGGACCCGGAAUGCAAGCUGAAGAUACGUAAUUCCAUGCUGUCUGAUAUUUUCUUGAUGACCUACAUUAACCGGAGCGUCCAGUGCAAAGUGGUGGAAGCCAUCAGUUGUACGCGGAUGACGGAGGAACAAGCCAUGCUGAUGGGGGCAGAUUGGGUCUGGGCCGUGCACGACGGGCCUUCCAAGAACCCCAAGCUGCAGAUUGCCGUGCAGGUGAUCCACAUGGAGAGGGAGCGAGAGGAGGUGGAGGAGAAGAUGUUCAAGGCCUCCGAAUCCAUGAAACUGGCCAGGGCCGAGACCUUCAACAAAUCCAACCACGAGAAGAUUGCCGAUUUCUGCUCCUCCAUCGGCAGGGAUUGUUACGGACUCUUCCUCUUCUUCGGGUGCAAGGGAGACCCCAAGUCCGUCUGCGGGGUCCUCAGCAAUGACUUCCACGCCCGCCUGGGGAACAGCCAGGAGCUGGAUGACGUGUUCCUGCUGGAGUGCAUGGAGAAGACCAAGAACUUCGUCACUCCAGGAAGGAUGCUGGACCUGAUCCUUCAAAAGGAUGGUCCGUCCGAGGACUCAAAGCCAAUCUGUGUCAAAUUCACUCAGUGACCCUGGACGAGGAUAAGCUCUUGGUGAGGUCCAACGCAAGGCAGAUCAGCAAGCUAAGCCUUUGUCACUUGAAGGUUCAUCUUCCUAAACCUACCACUUCCCAUCUCAUCCACUAGGGGUCCUCCAACAGACCAAGUCUACAGAAGCAAUUUCCCUUCAGGACUAUGAGCUAUGGGGAUCAUGGGGAUCUAGCCAGGGUAGAGACCACUCGGCCCAUUGAAUCCAUGUUGGCCCACUCAAGAAGCAAUCCAGUUAAACCACACCAUCACUCUUUCCCUAUAUUCGGGAAAUUAUUAUUUAUCCAUUUAUCUUUUGAAGGUUAUGGAAUCAGAAAGGAAGCAGGUCCUUCAGCCGAACUCAUGGAUCCCAAACAAGAAGUCCCUUCUACGUUAGUCCCAUUUGGUCCAUAGCCCUCUAAAUCUUUCCUAGGCAUAAAUGUCAUGUUAAAUAAGGUGUAGAAGGAUGUGGCAAAUGUGGGCAAAUGUGAUUAAAAGUAAAUGGGCAAAAGGGUCAGCAUGAACAUGAUGGGAUGAAUGGCCUGAAUCUCUGCUGUACCCCUCUAAGAAUCCUGUCAGGUAACACAUUCCAAAUCAUAAGUCUUUGGGCGGCACAGCGACGCAGUUGGUAGAGCUGCUGCCUCACAGAUCCAGAGACCCAGAUUCAAUCCUGACUUUGGGUGCUGACUCUGUGGAGUUUGCACGUUCUCCUUAUGAUGUCGUGGUUUUCCACCAGGCGUUCCGGUUUCCCCCCCACACCCAAAUAAUGUGCGGGUUGGUAAGUUAAUCGGGCUGCUGUAAAUAGUUUGUGUUGGUGAACGGUAGAAUCUGGAGAGAAUUGAUGACAGUCACAAAAGCUUUUCACGGUACCUCGUGACAAUGGCCUAAAUUAAACCAAAGGUAGAUACAAAAAGCUGGAGUAACUCAGCGGGGGCAGGCAGCAUCUCUGGAGAGAAGGAAUGGGGGACGUUUCGGGUCGAGUCCCUUCUUCUGACCCUCCGCAGGCUUCUUUCAGACUUUAGGCCGAUUACUUCAGAUCUGUGGUCUUUCAACCAUCCUACCCACUGCCAGGUAGUUUGUUUGUGUUUGCUCAAUCUGUGAUUUUCAACACCAUUACCAAAUUUUACCUCAGCCUACCCCCUCGCCAGUAAAAGCCUCCCGUUAAGGACCUGCUUUGGUUUAUCAGUAAAUGCAUCAAUCGGCAAACAAGACCAGGGAGAUACAGAAGCAAUUAUCGUUUUCUCUUCCCCUCACCUCAACUCCCAUUCAUUGUGUGUCAGUAGGGACUGCAGAUGGUGGUUUACACCAAAGAUGGAUACAAAAUGCUGCAGUAACUCAAUGGAUCAGGCAGCAUCAGAGUCUAAUGAAGUCACUGACUCUCAGUGUGAAGUGUCUCGACCCGAAUGUCACCAAUUCCUUUUCUCCAGAGAUGCUGCAUGACCCGCUGAGUAGCUCCAGCAUUUGUGUUUGUCCCCGCUCAUUGUGACUGUCUGACAAGGUAGCAGAAACUGCUGAGGGGAGGAACGAUGGUAGUUAAUAAAAUUCAAAGAGGCAUUGUAGGGCAGAUGGACAGUUGUACAAGACGUUGGGGAGGCCACACUUGGAGUAUUGUGUUCAACUCCAGUCAUCUUACUGUAGGAAAGAUGCCGUUAAGCUGGAGGGAGCGCAGAGAAGAUUUACGAUAACGUUGCCAGGAGCGGAGGGCCUGAGCUUUAGGGGAAGGUUGGGCAGGUUGGGACCAUUGAGGCGCAGGAGGUUAAGGGUUAUGUUAUGGAGAUGUAUAUCAACAUGUGGGGAAUAGAUAGGGCAAGUGCACGUAAUCUUUUUCCCAAAAUAGGGGAAUCAAGAAUUAGAGAACAUAUUUAAGGUGAGAGGGGAAAGAUUUAAUGGGAAUAAGUUCACAAGUUCACCAGUUAUAGGAGUAGAAUUAGGUAAUUUGGCCCAUCGAGUCUACUUUGCCCUUCAAUCAUGGCUGAUCUCUGCCUCCUAAUCCCAUUUUCCUGCCGUCCCCAUACCCCUUGACACCCGUUCAAAUCAAGAAUUUGUCUAUCUCUGCCUUAAAAAUAUCCACUGACUUGGCCUCCACAGCCCUCUGUGGCAAUAUGAACCCAAGGGGCACUUUUUUCAUGCAGAGGGUGAUUAGUAUAUUGAACAAGCUACAAGAAGAAAUGGCUGAGGCAAAUACAAAACAUUUAUAAGACAUUUUGGACAAGUACAUGGAUAGGAAAGGUUAAGAAGGAUAUGGGACAAAACAUGGGCAAGUGGGACUAGCAUAGUUUUGGCAUGGACAAGUUGGGCUGAAGGGCCUGUUUCUGUGCUGUAUAACUCUAUGACACUAAGUUACCCUCUUUAAAAUACAACAUAAAUUGAUUCUGGGGGGUUACAUCUGAUAUAAGACUUGUGUGUUAGCUUGCCGGGGUUAUUUUUGGGAGAGGCUAAGUAGUUGGUGUUGGGGGAAGAGGGAGUUUUACACUGGCAUGCUUUCUAUUAAAAUUAGGUUUGGUAGAAUUUAUUGUGUAUUUUUCAAUGUAUUUUAAUUUUCCCUCAUACUUUGAUGUAGCAAAUAAAUUGUAUGAUGUAAUAGUGCAUAAUGAAUGGAA